GGACCAAAAGGUAACAGGGGUCGUCGAGGCAAAAAGGGAACUCGGGGAAAACCGGGUCCUCCAGGGAAACCAGGCCCAAACGGACUUCCUGGCAAACAUGGACCAAUAGGAGUACAGGGGCCGAAAGGAAUAAAAGGGGACAUUGGAAAACCGGGGAGCCCUGGCUCCGUGGGACUUACAGGCCCGUCGGGUGUGAAAGGUGCUAAAGGUGAGCCGGGCCAGUCCCUCUCAGCCCCAUCUCUGUUAGAGCGUCCCGUUGGAAUGACAGUCAAUGAAAGUCAGACAGCCAUGUUAAAAUGUACUGCGGAUGGUAAUCCAAAGCCAAAAGUCACGUGGUCUAAGCUGAACUCAACGCUCCCUUUUGGACGUCACGAAGUGGAAUCCAGAGGCCAGCUGAUUGUGAGGGACAUUAUACGUGGUGACGAAGGAGUUUAUUCAUGCAGAGCUGAAAGUUUUUUUGGGACAAGUGAACGCCUCGGCGAAGUUAUCUGUUCAAUGUAAGUCAGUCUAUUUCUUUUGCAAAUAGAGAACGAUUUCCUAAAUGCAGGAAGAAUCUGCGCAUUAAUGAUUUUGCACAAGCUAUCUGAUUAAUUCUCACAACGUUCAUAACCAUACGUUGCUUAUGCAUAUGGAUAAGUAUUUUUAUUUUAACUGCAACUAACUAUAUAUUGUUCUUUCUUCUUCGAUCUUGUUGAUUAAGGCUAACUGAUUGACCUCCAUGAUAAUUCAGGAGAUCACUUUCAUUGUCUUUACAACUCAUAGUUCUUUCUCUUGAAAUGUUUACAGUCGCUCCUGAGAUCAUUUUAUCAUCUAACGAAGUGUUAGCUGAGGAAAAACAAAAUGUUAGUAUCGCCUGCGGUGCUUCUGGUCAGCCUCAGCCUAGUAUCACGUGGUCUAAAGCGUUUGGAAACUUGCCGAUGAAUCGAGCUGAAGUCAUUAAAGGAACACUAAAAAUUUAUAACGUGACAAAGAAAGACAGAGGAAUAUACAUCUGUAGGGCGGAAAAUAUUCUUGGAUCAGCAGCAGGCACAUUUCACCUCAUGGUAUUUUCUCGUCUGCGGUUUAAAGCUCGACCCCCAAAAGAAAUUACUCCAAUGGCUGGCUCAACUGUUCAUCUGCCGUGUGUGGUCGAGAGUGACUUGAAAACUACAAUCAGUUGGACGAAGCAUGGCAGUUCGUCCUUACCUUUAGGGUCCAAUGUUCUACAGAAUGGAACACUGGUAAUAAACAGCAUCAAGAAAUCACACGAAGGAUCUUACACCUGUAGAGCAGCUAAUGCUCUGACAACAGUAGAAAGCAAAGUAAAAGUUAUCAAUCCACGGAAUAUAACUUCUUGUUCUGUGAUUCGAAAAUAUUUCAGUAUUACAACGGGAAAUUACGUCAUUGAUCCCGACGGUGGGGGUCCUCGUGCACCUUUUACAGUUUACUGUGAUAUGAGUGACAAGAAUGGAGUUGGCGUGACAGUUAUCAGUCACGACAGCGAAAGUAGAACACAUGUGAAGGGAUAUGAAGGCCCGGGCAGUUACUCACGUGAUAUUCAUUACACCGGAGCCAGUCUUUCUCAGCUGGCGAGUCUCACCAGAGUCUCGUCACACUGCGAACAGUUUAUCAGUUAUGAGUGCCGUUAUUCACAGUUCUUCAGAGGUAGUAUUGGAUGGUGGGUGUCACGGGAUUCGAUCAAAAUGAAUUACUGGGGAGGGGCGUCACCCGGCAGUGGUAAGUGCGCAUGCGGGAUGACCAGCUCAUGUCCAUACCCUGCUAAUAUGUGUAAUUGUGACAAGGAAGACGGCGUACUGCGUGAGGACAGCGGUCUCCUUACUGACAAGACACAUCUUCCGGUUAAACAGCUGAGGUUUGGUGAUACAGGCGAUUCUGGCGAGGAAGGAUAUCAUACGCUCGGAAAACUUAAGUGUUAUGGCAUACAGUAA